CAUUCUUUAUAAUACACACACAAAAUCAUCAUCAUUAUCAUCGCCUUUACUACUACUACUCGCGAAAAAAUAUCGACGCCGCAAUUAUAUUAGGUAAAAGAAAGCCUUUGUUUGAAAAAAAACCCGAAAAGUCCAGAUCAUCCAUUGAAAAUGUCCAGUGUACCGAGUAAGCGCGCAAAAUUGGAUGAAGGCAAUUCAAAUACACCCAACGAAGCAGUGACCGAGGCAUUGGAAUUAAUCGAUGCAUGCCAGAAUGAUAUUGAUGCCCUCAACGAAAAGGCCAGCGAGGAAAUUCUUAAAGUUGAGCAAAAGUACAAUAAACUGAGAAAACCAUGCUAUGAGAAACGUAGCGAGCUGGUCAAACGCAUUCCUAACUUCUGGGUAACAGCGUUUAUUAAUCAUCCACAAGUUUCUGGCAUAUUAGACGAAGAAGAAGAGGAGUGUUUGCAUGCCUUAACCAAAUUGGAGGUUGAAGAAUUCGAGGACAUAAAAUCCGGCUACCGCAUACACUUUUAUUUCGAAGAAAAUCCCUAUUUUGAAAAUAAAGUCCUAACAAAAGAAUUCAACUUGGGAUCUGGUACUGCUGAAAAUAGUGACUGUCCUUCAUCUACAAGCACGUCUAUACAAUGGAAGGAGGGUAAAAAUCUUUUAAAACAACUACUUUCAAAACCAUUUACCAACAAAAAGAAGAGACAUUCGGAAUAUAAGACAUUCUUUGAUUGGUUCACUGAUAACAGUGAUCCCGUUAACGAUGAAAUUGCCGAACUCAUCAAGGACGAUUUAUGGCUUAAUCCUCUGCAGUAUUAUCUGGUACCUGAUAUUGAGGUCGAACCAGAAGAUGAUGAUGAAGACAAUGAGGAUAACGAAGAGGAAGUCUUUGACGAUGAGGACGGCGAAGGAGAAGAAGAUGAGGAUGAUGACGACAAGUAAGGAGUUAAUAUUUUGAAGAUAUAACGUAUAUUAUUAUAUAUAUAUUUAAUAUCCGUAAUAAAAUUGAUUCCAUUAAGAAAUGAGUACGGAGAAAAACAAAAUUUCAUAUUAGAAUUAAAAAAAAAAAUAAAAAAAGUUUCAUUUUCAAUAAAUACUUUAAAAACCAAA